CAUCCAGCGUUCAGCAGCUCUUCUUCGUUCCAAUGCAAACCCGUAGACGAUAAACGCGGCCAGAGGACUUUGUGGAAUGGUUCAUUUCACAGCGGACGGACGCAGAAUGGAUUGUUUGGCGUGAUUUGUUUUGACUGAAGGAUUUAAGAGAAGCUCGUUUAGGGUUAAAGAGAAAGAGAAGGAUACACGUUGACAAAAGACCCCUAUGAGGCUUCGAAAGUGAAGAGAGAAAACUAGUCAUAAAAGCCAUAAGAUGGACCUGAAGCUACUUUUCAUAACAUUAUUAGGGAUCAUUUGUUGCAGCAGCGCACAGCAAGAGGGCAACGAGUGCAUCAAAGCCAACGCUUUAUCCUGUGGCGAGUGCAUACAAGUGGGGGCUAAAUGUGGAUGGUGCACUGAUACAGAGUUUCUGAAGCAGGGCGAGCCGACGUCGGCGCGCUGUGAUGAGCUGGAGUCGCUCAGAAAGAGAGGCUGCGCCGCCGCCAAGAUCGAGAACCCUCACGGGAGCCAAAGGAUCCUCAAGAACAAAGCCGUGACCAACCGCAAGAAAGGAGCAGAGAAACUCCAACCCGAGGACAUUACACAGAUCCAGCCUCAGAAACUCAGCCUCAACCUCAGAUCCGGUGAACCUCAGAAUAUCAAACUGAAGUUCAAGAGGGCUGAAGACUAUCCCAUAGACCUGUACUAUCUGAUGGACCUGUCCUACUCCAUGAAGGAUGACUUGGAGAACGUCAAGAACCUAGGGACUAGUCUGAUGAAGGAAAUGUCCAAGAUCACCUCAGAUUUCAGAAUAGGUUUUGGCUCUUUUGUGGAGAAGACGGUGAUGCCGUAUAUCAGCACGACUCCAGCCAAGCUCCUGAACCCCUGCACAGGGGACCAAAACUGCACCAGCCCCUUCAGCUACAAGAACGUGCUGAAACUCACCAGCAACGGGGAGCAGUUCAACAGUCUGGUGGGAAAACAGCAGAUAUCUGGCAACCUGGACUCACCUGAGGGGGGGUUUGAUGCCAUCAUGCAAGUGGCUGUCUGUGGAGAGCACAUCGGCUGGAGAAACGUCACUCGUUUGAUGGUGUUCUCCACAGACGCAGGUUUCCAUUUUGCCGGCGAUGGCAAACUAGGUGGAAUCGUGCUUCCCAAUGAUGGGAAAUGCCACUUAGAAAACAACAUGUACACCAUGAGCCAUUAUUACGAUUACCCAUCCAUCGCCCACCUGGUUCAGAAACUGAGUGAAAACAACAUCCAGACCAUCUUUGCCGUUACAGAGGAGUUUCAGCCUGUUUACAAAGAACUUAAAAACCUGAUCCCAAAGUCUGCAGUGGGGACGCUCUCUGCAAACUCCAGCAAUGUUAUCAAUCUCAUUGUUGAUGCCUACAAUUCUCUUUCCUCAGAGGUGAUCCUUGAGAACAGUAAGCUUCCUGAAGCAGUGACCAUCACCUAUCAGUCACGCUGUAAGAACGGAGUGGUGAAUGAGGGAGAGAACGGAAGAAAGUGCUCCAACAUCUCCAUCGGAGACGAGGUAUCGUUCAACAUUAAUAUCACGGCUCAAGGCUGCCCCAAACAAGUCAAACCUGAAAGCAUUAAGAUCAAGCCCCUGGGCUUCACUGAGGAGGUGGAGAUCUUGCUCAACUUCAUCUGCGAGUGUGAAUGUCACAAACACGGCAUCAAGAACAGUGACAUGUGUCAUAACGGCAACGGCACGUUUGAGUGUGGAGCCUGCAGCAUUAAGAUCAAGCCCCUGGGCUUCACUGAGGAGGUGGAGAUCUUGCUCAACUUCAUCUGCGAGUGUGAAUGUCACAAACACGGCAUCAAGAACAGUGACAUGUGUCAUAACGGCAACGGCACGUUUGAGUGUGGAGCCUGCAGGGGACACGGCCGCUGUGAGUGCAGGGUGUGUAUCUGUGACGCUAACUACACGGGAAGCGCGUGCGACUGCUCUCUGGACGCCUCCACCUGCUUAGCCUCCAACAAGCAGAUCUGUAACGGCCGGGGGAUCUGUGAGUGCGGGACCUGCAGGUGCACCGACCCCAAGUUCCAGGGGCCCACCUGUGAGAUCUGCCCCACCUGCCCCGGAGUCUGUACUGAGCACAAAUACUUCAACUGCGACCGCUCCAAUAAUAAACUCUGCGGAGGACACGGCCGCUGUGAGUGCAGGGUGUGUAUCUGUGACGCUAACUACACGGGAAGCGCGUGCGACUGCUCUCUGGACGCCUCCACCUGCUUAGCCUCCAACAAGCAGAUCUGUAACGGCCGGGGGAUCUGUGAGUGCGGGACCUGCAGGUGCACCGACCCCAAGUUCCAGGGGCCCACCUGUGAGAUCUGCCCCACCUGCCCCGGAGUCUGUACUGAGCACAAGGAGUGUGUGCAGUGCCGGGCGUUUGGCACAGGAGAGAAGAAAGACACUUGUGAGAGAGACUGUAGCUACUUUAACCUCAUCAAGGUGAAGGACAGAGAUAAACUCCCUCAGCCGGUGCAGGCCUUCCCCCUCAUGCACUGCAAGGAGAGAGAUGCCAACGACUGCUGGUUCUACUACACCUACGCCGUCAACAACACGGAGAAGGAGGUGCAUGUGGUGGAGGCUUUAGAGUGUCCGGCGGGUCCUGACAUCAUUCCCAUCGUAGCGGGCGUGGUCACAGGCAUCGUUCUGAUUGGUCUAGCUCUGCUACUGAUCUGGAAGCUGCUCAUGAUCAUUCACGACCGCCGCGAGUUCGCCAAGUUUGAGAAGGAGAAGAUGAACGCCAAGUGGGACACGGGAGAGAACCCCAUCUACAAGAGUGCCGUCACAACUGUGAUCAACCCCAAAUAUGAAGGCAAAUAAUGGACAUGGGUAUCACACACGUGAAGGUUUGGGAACGGAUAGGUUUGCAGAUAUCCUCAGUUUUCCUUUAAAUUGUUUAUUUUCUCAUUGUAUGUCAUUCUUUUAGAACAGUAUUGUAGCAGUAUUUUAUGAUGGACUGGCUGCUUCUCGUCCCUUGCAAACAUGUACAGUUUGUAUAGUCUUUAUAUUUACAUCAGUUUUUCUUCUUUUAAACCCUGUGCACAUUCACUCAUUCGCUCUUUUCAAACUGAGCGGAUAUCUGUGCAUCAAGUGUUGCGGUGCAAAGGGAUCCUUGAAUCCCUCCCCAAAAAUUGCAAAAACUCAUCAAAUGCCAUUUAAAAUCAUCAUAUGAAUUUUUGUUUAUAUUCUAUCAUGUUCUUUCAAACUUCUUCAACAGUCAUAUAUUGGCAUAAGAAACUAUCUGACCGGUGUAUGUGAUUUUUUUUUUUUUGGGGGGUGAUGUAAGUUUGGUUUGAUAUGCUAAUAAUCUAUGCAUAUUCAUUUACUGUCAGACGCAUCGUGCAUUACAUGCCAAAAACCUCUUUGAUUUUAGUGUUUGCAACUUAUUUCCCACUUAUUGUUGCUCUUAGAAAAUCAUUAUGACACGUGUCUUGUGUUUAACUGAAAAUGUCUGUGUAUUUUAUAUGUUAUGAAGGAUUAUUUGUUGAAUUAUUAUGUGGCUCUUGAUGAGUAUCAGUGUAUUCAGGUGAUAUCCUGUAGUUUGUAGCCAAAUGUCCUUAAACCGCUCAUUAGAAAUGAGCACAAUUAUUGAUACCUACAGAUUUCAAAUAUGUUUUCAGUUAGUAUAUUUUAAAUGAAAAAAAAGGAUGUUGUAAUUUGCAUAUUUGAAGUCAGAGAUAAAGCUCUUUGUUGUUAAGACAACUAUCUGGAAAAAAAUAAUUAGUGUAGUUUUGUGUUCAAAUGUUCAUAUCAUAUGCUCAAAGGUACAACCAUUUAUUUGUAAUUAUUUUAACCGAACGUAAUCAGGAGAUGCAGUCAUUUAAUGCUUAACGUAAUAAAUGUCAAGCUUAAGGAUGAGAAAUAGAUGCUCUGCCACAACACCCAAUCUACUAGCUUCAGUAGCUUUUUUUAAGUGCCUUUUUCUGGUUUUCUCAAUAUUGCAAUUUUGAAUAUAUUUAUUAAAACAAAAUCUAAAA